CAGAGCUCCUCGCCCCUGCUAGUGACACAGAGCGCCGGUGAAGACUACAUUUCCCGGCGUACAUUGCUGCUCAAAGAGUGACGCGCGGCAUCCAAGAUGGCGGAGACGUCGGUGGCGGUGACUGGCUCGGGAAGCUCUGGCACGAGAUCCUGUGGCCGUGGUGCCUCCACCCCUGCAGAUAACUACUUGCUGGCCCGUCGGCGAACGUUACAGGUGGUUGUCAGUUCUCUUCUCACUGAAGCUGGAUUUGAGAGUGCAGAGAAAGCAGCUGUGGAGACUCUGACCGAGAUGUUACAAAGCUAUCUGACAGAGAUUGGACGCAGCGCAAAAUCCUACUGUGAACACACGGCACGUACACAGCCCACACUGCCAGACAUUGUAGUGACCCUAGUAGAAAUUGGAUUUAAUGUGGAUACGUUGCCGGCAUACGCCAAGCGUUCUCAGAGGAUGGUGAUAACAGCACCCCCUGUGACCAAUCAUCCAGUAGUCCCAAAAGCAUUGAGUGCAGGGCAGAACAAGCCCCAUCCGCCACACAUUCCUAGCCACCUGCCAGAAUUUCCAGAUCCCCACACGUACAUUAAGACUCCGACGUGUCGAGAGCCAGUUGGUGAUUAUCAAGUCCUGCGGGAGAAAGCAGCAUCUCAGCGUAGAGACGUGGAGAGAGCGCUUACUCGUUUUAUGGCUAAGACAGGCGAGACUCAGAGUCUUUUCAGAGAUGACACCAGCACUUUCCCAUUGAUUGCUGCUCGUCCUCUGUCCAUACCAUAUCUGAAUGCUCUCCUCCCGUCAGAACUAGAGCUACAACAGGUGGAAGAGACUGAUUCCUCAGAACAAGAUGACCAGACCGACACAGAGAACCUCUCCAUGCACCUUCAAGCGGAUGAUUCUGGUGCAGAGAAAGAGAAUUCGUCAGUUCUGCAGCAAAAUUCACUUAAGGGUGGGGAGGAUACACUGAUUGAUAACCCCUACUUGCGGCCUGUGAAAAAGCCUAAACUGAGACGUAAAAAGUAACAAAGUCUAAGUUAAGAAGGGACGUCUGAGAGAACUGGCUUCCUAUGGAUACGCAGGUUGCGUGAUUGGAGAGAAGAGUGUGCUGUUCCACUCAUAUUGCCCGGUCUGCAAUUUCAGUAGAAGGCUUGCUCACAUUAAUUGUGGAUGUUUUAGGGACUGUUGCACUAUAUUGGUUUGGGAACUUAAGGGUUGGCUUGUGGCAAAUAUUGCCCAGUCAGGAUCACAAGAAUCUUUUUCUCAAAAACCUCCUAUCAGACCCCAGCACUGUGUCAUAUGUAUCAGGAUUCUUCCAUGGGUGAAGAGAUGGGGUUUCUGUUUUGUUUUUUUGUUUUUCUUUAUUACCCUGAGUUUAGGGCACAAUAUUCAUUGUGUUUAUUUUCUUAAUAAAAAAAUACAACUUAA